AUGACACCGGAGGAGGCUGUGAUUAAGGCUGCGGCAACAACCAGCUACUAUGGAUCGACACCGAUUGGAGAAGACAAUGAUAGUGACGAUGGCGAUUUUUCUAGUGAGAGCGACGACUUCUCCGAUGAUAGCGACGAAGACAGUGAGGACGAUGAUGUGGAGGAGCGCAUGUCAAAACCCGUCGAGCGCUACAGAAUGCAGUGCAAACAGCAGCGCAGCAUGGGCAACUUACUAUGGUGUCUUUGUUCCUCCCGCAGAUUGUCGGUGCAAGCGACGAUGGAGAAGCACGUCGUGAUAUGCACGACACCACGUGGAAAGUCCUCAAUGAAGCAGCCGCGUCACCACGAUGCUGUGGCGACAUAUCUCCUUGGAAUGCGCAACAUUCAAUGGGACUUGGACCGGCGAUGA